CCCAUCAAGUGUUCUCUUCAUAGGCAUUUUUGCAAACAAAAAAUUCAUAAAGAAUUCAAACAAUUAGAAAUGGCCAAGGUUGUGGGCAACUCUGCCAAGAUGAUUGUUGCUUUGCUUUUCCUUUUGGCUCUCAUGCUUUCCAUGAAUGAAAAGCAAGGGGUGGUGGAGGCAAAGGUGUGCGAGAGGCGAAGCAAGACGUGGUCGGGAUGGUGCGGGAACACGAAGCAUUGCGAUAGGCAAUGCAAGAAUUGGGAAGGUGCGACACAUGGAGCUUGCCAUGCCCAGUUUCCUGGAAGAGCUUGCUUUUGCUACUUCAACUGUUGAAAAGAACUACCAUGCACAAUAAUUAUCAUAUGAUGAUCAAUAUCAUACAUAUCUCCUUCUCCAUAUCAUUUCCCUUUUAUAAAAUAAAAGUUUCAGUUACUUAAUUUAUGUGUGUUUUCUUAUGUGGGUGUGUGGAAGAGAUCGAUAUGUAUGUAAUAUUAUUAGCUUUUAAUUAAUGUUUUUAAGUGUGAGAAGUUUAUGUGGUUGGAAAAAUCUGUAAUAAUUAAAUAUAUGCUGCUAUUUAUCUUUAGCAGCUUGUUUUGUGUGUUUCGUCUUCUUUGAAUAUUGAAUAAAGUUAUAACUUUGAUGUUUGUGAAUUU